UGGACCACAAGGAGAGCAAGGACCACCUGGACCACAAGGAGAGCAAGGACCACCUGGGCCACAUGGAGGGCAAGGACCACCUGGACCACAAGGAGAGCAAGGACCACCUGGACCACAAGGAGAGCAAGGAUCACCUGGACCACAAGGAGAGCAAGGACCACCUGGACCACAAGCAGAGCAAGGACCACCUGGACCACAAGGAGAGCAAGGACCACCUGGCCCAGCUGGACCACAAGGAGUGCAAGGACCACCUGGACCAGCUGGACCACAAGGAGAGCAAGGACCACCUGGACCAACUGGAAACUCUGGACCACAAGGACCCAAAGGAGAUAAAGGGGAACCUGGUGGAAGUAAUGCUGUAUGGACAAGCUGUAAAGAGUAUAUUGGUGACUAUCAACAAGUAGCUGGAGAAUCUCUAGAGUUUCUGGAUCGACACCAUGUGAGGUGCACUACUAAUGAAUUCCUUGUAUCCUGGGCACUCACUGACAGACAAGACAUUCAACUGAGAAUGAAAUGGACAUGCUGCAAAAUUGCAAUUGUAUAACAGGAACUGUUUCAAAAAAUGACACUUGAAUCUUCGCAUGACAUAAGUUCAUUUCACCAAAAUUCACCCUUACCACUCUCCAGUGGCAGUAAUACUAUAUAUUAUUGCUAUUAUAUUAUCAUUAUAUUAUUAUUAUUAUACUAUAUAUUAUUGCUAUUAU